CAGGAGCGCGUCCAUGUUAUUAUUGUUAUUUUGGUAGCUGGCAGUGUGAUGAGACGGACUAGAGAGCCGUCGGGCUCAAGGACUAGGUUAUUGCUCUUCCAGGCUGCCCCGGACUAAGCAGCAAUCCCGGAGAAAGAAGCCCUGUUGCCGGCAGGGGAGAGCACCCAGUCCAGGCUCCUCUCCCAUCAGCAGCCCUUCGAACGACACAGGCUACAAAAACAAUACGGUAUCCGACAAACCUAACGCUGGCCCCAGACGUGUUGUGUACGGUAACACCCUCCGCAGUACGGUAACACCCUCCGCAGAUAUGAACGGCAUCACCAAGGGCAGGUUUGAGGUGUUUUCCAACAGCGAUGAAGCUCCCAUUAACAAGAAGCUUCCCAAGGAGCUGCUGCUCAGAAUCUUCUCCAACCUAGAUGUGAUCACAUUGUGCAGGUGUGCCCAGGUGUCCAAGGCGUGGAAUGUCCUGGCCUUGGAUGGUAGUAACUGGCAGAAGAUUGACCUGUUCAACUUCCAGACAGACAUAGAGGGUAGAGUAGUGGAGAACAUCUCUAAGCGAUGUGGAGGCUUCCUGAGGCAGCUGAGUUUGAGGGGAUGUAUCAGUGUGGGAGACGCAUCCAUGAGGACGUUUUCCCAGAACUGCCGUAGCAUCGAGGUGUUGAACCUGGACGGCUGCACUAAGAUCACAGACAGCACCUGUCUCAGCCUCUCCAAGUUCUGCUGCAGACUCAAACAGCUGGACCUCACCUCCUGUGUGUCUGUUACCAACCACUCCCUCAAAGCUCUCAGUGAUGGCUGUAGUAUGUUGGAGACAUUAAACCUGUCGUGGUGUGACCAAAUCACCAGAGAUGGCAUCGAGGCUCUGACCAGGGGCUGUAACAACCUACAAGCCCUGUUCCUACGUGGCUGCACACAGUUGGAGGAUGGAGCACUGAAACCCCUUCAGAAACACUGUCCUGAACUAACCACUAUCAACAUGCAGACCUGCUCACAGAUAACUGAUGAAGGCUUGGUCAGCCUGUGUCGGGGGAGCCACAAACUGCAGAUGCUGUGUAUCUCUGGCUGCAGUAACAUUACAGACGCCUCUCUCACCGCUCUGGGCCUCAACUGCCCCCGACUCAAGAUCCUGGAAGCAGCACGGUGUACACAUGUUACAGACGCUGGGUUUACUGUACUGGCCAGGAAUUGUCAUGAGAUGGAAAAAAUGGAUUUAGAAGAAUGUGUUUUGGUGACUGACAACACUCUAGUCCAGCUCGCUAUUCACUGCCCUCGUCUGCAAGCACUGUCCCUCUCCCACUGUGAGCUGAUAACAGACGAUGGUAUCAGGGCGCUGAGCAGCAGUGUGUGUGGACAGGAGCGCCUCACGGUGGUGGAGUUGGAUAACUGCCCUCUGAUCACAGACGGGACUCUGGAGCACCUGAAGAACUGCCACCGUCUGGAGAGGAUAGAACUCUACGACUGCCAGCAGGUCACCAGGGCCGGCAUCAAACGCAUACGGGCCCAUCUCCCAGAGAUAAAGGUCCACGCCUACUUUGCCCCGGUGACGCCCCCUCCCUCGGUGCACGGCGGGGGCCAUAGGCUGUGUCGCUGCUGCGUCAUCCUCUGACAGUGGAGGACCCGGGGGGGGGCAGCUCUGUCUACAGGGCCUACUGCUGUGACCCCCACCCCCAACAACAAUAACCCACCGCCACGGAUGAGACCGACCCUGAACCCCGCCACGACGACACAACACCCUGAACCCCGCCACGACGACUCAACACCCUGAACCCCGCCACAA